AUCCCUGCAGGGCUACCUCUAUCCUACGCUCGACCGUCCCAAUCUCAAGGUUCUAUCGGAUGCGUAUGUGCACAAGAUCGUCACCUCCAAGCACGGGGAAGAAUUCAUCGCCACUGCGGUCGAGUUUGAACAUGGUGGCCAGGUGCACAAUGCUUGUGCACGUAAGGAGGUCAUUGUCUCUGCCGGGCGCGUGUUGCAGAGGUCACAGCGCUUUUCGUACGCUAACUUCAUCUUGCAGCACUGUCAAAUCACCGCAGGUCCUGGAACUCAGUGGUAUCGGCGACCGAAAGAUCCUUCAACCUCUGGGAAUUUCUGUUCAGCAGGACUUGCCCUCAGUGGGCACAAAUGUACAGGAACCUAUCAUGAUGGGUAUCAGUCGGAUUAAGAUGGUCGAAGACAGAGACCUGAUUACAUCCGGCAUGCUCGACGACGACGAGUUCACAGAGAAAAUCCAAACUGCACUGCCAGCAGAACUGAAAGCUCUUCCCAGCGGCCUGAAAGACUCGUUCCAGCUCACUGUGAACGGCGUCUCAUUCGUGCCCAUCCAGACCGCUUCAGAGCGCGCUGAGCAGCUUGUGCAGAAGCAGCGCGCAAAGGUCGCAAAGGGAGACCAUCCGCCCGGACUCAAGAUAUCGUACGAGAAGCAGCUCGAGCUGCUCGCGAACCCCAAGGUGCCCGACUUUGAGAUUCUAUUUUUCCCAUUCACAUUCCCCACGCCGCCGCCGGAACCUAGCAAGCCGUACAUCACCAUUUUUCUGACGCUUGGUCGGCCAUUCACGCGCGGGACGAUCCACAUCCAGUCUGCAGACCCGAUGGCGUGGCCGGCCAUCGACCCACACUACUACGAGGAGGAUAUCGAUCUGGAUAUUAUGGUGGAUGCCGCCAAGUUUAUUCGCAAGGUGACCCAUACGGAGCCGUUCAAGUCGCUUGUCGUCGAGGAGCAGCUUCCCGGACCAGAUGUGAACACCGACGAGGAGAUGUAUGCAUAUGUCCGCAAGAACACUUACUCGAGCUUCCGUACGUACCAAUAGGUCGAUAC